CGGCGACCGGUUAUCGAACAUCCGCCCUCUCCGUCCUGGAGGAUGCGGUUGGGUUCCAGUAUAUAGCGGACGGGCGCAUAAGGAUUAUCACGAGGCGCGUUUUGACGUUUUCGGUCGGUUCACGCUGAGGCCUCUAGUGUGAGCUCAUCUGGUUCUCCCGCGCAAUUGAGGCAGAGGUGAGGGUGUUUGCCGUGCGGGAAGCUUUAUCAUCGGGCUGGCUGGUCCAUUUGUGUCUGUAGCCCUCGCCCGCCCCCGUCAGCUCCAUUGUUCUCCUUUUCCUGGUGUCCGCCAUAGCCCGUUAGAACUACAGCAGCGCUGUUGCUGUGCCGUUGUUUCUCUUCUCUCUAGCUUUGUGCGUGCAUCGGUCGGGGGGAUACAGGCGUCACGUUGCCCCUCCGGUUUCUCCUGUGCCCGCGGUCUUGAUUGCGGAAGAUCGUUGCAGUAAUUCAAGAUGCGUGAGAUUCUCCAUAUCCAGGGGGGGCAGUGCGGUAACCAGAUCGGCGCGAAGUUUUGGGAAGUCGUAUGCGAUGAGCAUGGCAUCGACCCUACGGGAACCUAUCAUGGCGAUUCUGACUUACAGCUCGAGCGUAUUAAUGUCUACUAUAACGAAGCGAGUGGUGGGAGGUAUGUUCCUCGCGCUGUCCUGAUGGAUCUUGAACCUGGAACUAUGGAUAGCGUAAGGUCUGGGCCGUUUGGCCAGAUUUUCAGGCCAGAUAACUUCGUGUUUGGCCAAACUGGGGCGGGAAACAACUGGGCGAAGGGUCAUUACACGGAAGGUGCUGAGCUGAUUGAUUCGGUCCUGGACGUCGUGCGGAAGGAGGCGGAGAGCUGCGAUUGCUUACAAGGAUUUCAGGUUUGCCACUCUCUCGGUGGUGGAACAGGCUCGGGAAUGGGCACGCUUUUGAUAUCGAAGAUUCGUGAGGAGUAUCCAGACAGGAUGAUGUUGACUUUUUCAGUUUUCCCUUCGCCCAAGGUGUCUGAUACUGUGGUGGAGCCCUACAACGCGACGUUGUCUGUUCAUCAGCUUGUUGAAAAUGCGGACGAGUGUAUGGUGUUGGACAAUGAGGCUCUUUAUGACAUUUGCUUUCGUACCUUGAAAUUGACGACACCAACCUUCGGUGAUUUGAAUCAUUUGAUAUCCGCGACUAUGAGCGGUGUCACGUGCUGUCUUCGAUUUCCUGGGCAAUUGAACUCGGAUCUACGGAAGCUCGCUGUCAAUCUGAUCCCCUUCCCUCGACUCCACUUUUUCAUGGUCGGCUUUGCUCCUCUUACGUCGAGAGGCUCUCAACAAUACCGCGCYUUGACCGUGCCCGAAUUGACRCAGCAGAUGUGGGAUGCCAAGAAUAUGAUGUGUGCUGCUGAUCCGCGACAUGGGCGAUAUUUGACCGCGUCGGCGAUGUUCCGAGGACGGAUGAGCACGAAGGAAGUMGAUGAGCAGAUGAUYAACGUGCAGAACAAGAACUCGUCCUACUUCGUCGAGUGGAUUCCUAACAAUGUGAAGUCCAGUGUCUGUGACAUUCCGCCGAAGGGCUUGAAGAUGUCGUCGACRUUCGUCGGCAACUCGACGUCCAUCCAGGAGAUGUUCAAGAGAGUGAGUGAGCAGUUUACCGCYAUGUUCCGGCGGAAGGCCUUCUUGCAUUGGUACACCGGGGAGGGAAUGGACGAGAUGGAGUUCACCGAGGCGGAGAGCAACAUGAAUGAUCUUGUCUCGGAGUAUCAGCAAUAUCAGGAUGCGAGUGCAGAAGAGGAAGGCGAGUUCGAGGAAGAGGAGGGAGAGGAGGCCUAAGCAAUGACAACGUGGCUGGUUGGCAUUAUUUCUUAUUGGUUUGAGAUAACUGGACGUGGCUGCAGGAGGGGUUGCUUGGUUUUUGCGCACGAGGUUUGAAGUGAUAACGCAUUUGUUAUCGACCGGACGAAGCAGUGUUGUAGCUGACCGUGACCGUAGAAUUUGAGGGUAGUAGGGAGAUUGUGUUUGCGUGUUUUAGUCGUUCCGGCUUGGUGGGGGGGGAGUCUGCGUUGUGUUAUGUAUAUACACUAGGCCUGCACAGAGGCCGGAUCUGCACAAUUCCGUUGUUAAGCUGAUGAGAUGCAAUUGGAAUAUGACAGGUAAGCAAUUUUAAAGCCACAGUAGUUGGGUUGCCUUGGUACAAUGAGUGUUGUUCAGUUUUGGACGGUGAGGGGUUCUGGAACUUAGCCGUAUUUUCUAGCCGGUGCGUACUUUACUUCUCAAUUCCCAGCACGUCGAAAGGAGUGAUUCCCAGCAUGUCUAAAGGAUUGAUUACCAGCCCGUCGAAAGGAUUGAUAAUGUGACUGCUUGAUUUGAACGUGCAUGACAUUCUCGUUUUCUCGUCGGUGCUGUCCUAAUCUCAUUUCACAGUAAAACCCUUCUCUAUCCAUAGCACGUUGGAAGGCUUGGUAAUGGACGACUGCUCCAGUUACGUGUGCAUUGCGUUCUCGUUGAACUUUGUCAUUACUUACGUAGGUACUGUCGAGAUUCUCAUAACUGACGCGUAGGACAUCAGGCUCCGAAUCCCCAUGAAUUUGAACGAGUCCUUGUUGGCUGUGCGCUAGGCGCACACUAGUGAUGUUUAUCAUUUCGGGAUAUUUGUGCUGUUUGAGUGGUAUUUUGUAACUCCCCAGUUCCUUGUGUAGGCCUCUACGUUUUUCAUUUCAAAUCUGUUGUUGGGACCAGUUUCUUGUCAUUACGUACGUAGGCAUUGUCAAGAUUCUCAGAACUGACGCGUAGGACAUUAGGGUCUUAUCCCCAUGAAUUUGAACGAGUCCUUCUCUUGGCUGAGCGCUACGCGCACACCAGUAAUGAUUAAAAUUCCGGGAUGAAUUCGGUUUGUUUGUGCUGUUCGAGUGGUAUUUUGUAAUUCCCCAGUUCUGUGUACGCCUCUACGUUUUUUAUUUCAAAUCUCUUGGCACAAGUUUUUUGUCAUCACGUACGUAGGCAUUGUCAACAUUCUCAUAACUGACGUGUAGGACAUGAGGGCCCCUAUCCCCAUGAAUUUGACGAGUCCUUUUUCUUGGCUGUGUGCUACGUGCACCCAGUAAUGCUUGUCAUUUCGGGAGAAGUUCGGUUUACUUGUGCUGUUUGAGUGGUAUUUUGUAAUUCCCCAGUUCCUUGUGUAGGUCUGUACGUUUUUCAUUUCAAAUCUGUUGCUGGCGCGAGUUUCUAGCACUCGCGAUGAUUCCACUCUUAUUGGCAUCCCUCGCCACGUUUGCUCUCCGUUCGGUAAUUCCAUUUAGAUCGCCCUUUUCGCGUAAAUCCGUUCCACUUGUCUUUGCAGAGUAACUAAAAUUUUGUUGUCGACUAACCUGGUUUGUCGGCAUUUGGAUUCUCCGUCUACGUUCCGGUUGUCAUGGUCUGUAUUUGGCCGAAAGUUUUGUCUCCGUGCCUUGCGCUAUUUGUGGAGUCUGUUUCUGGAAUGUACCGAUGUGACAAGGCUGGUACCUUGUUUGGCGGAGUCAGUCUAUUGCUCUUGUUCGAUUAUUUCAAUGUGUACUUUGGCCAUUGCCGACCUCGAUUCGGUUUCUGGCUGUGUUUGUGGAUUGGAAGGGUGUGAAUCAGGUACUCGUCCGCCUGUGGGCAAUGGAGGUUGCACGUUAAUGUGUUACUCUGGCUCGUCAGAGCUGCGUCUGUCGUGAAAUUUGUUUUGGAUUUACAUUGUACUUCGUAAGUCGUUCGGCUAGUUUCGCUCUUCUUUUGUGUCGGUAAGGCUGCUUCUUGACCUGUGUCUGUCCGUGCUCAGAUUCCUGUUUUUGUCGUUUGUUCAAUUCGGGUGUCUGUCUCGGAAUCUGGCCAUUGGCUUUUUCUUGAUCUGGUUGUGAACCUGGCUCUCGACUGCCGUCAGAUUCCGGAGUGUACUGGCCGAUGUUGAUCCGAGUUCAGUGCUGGUUCGACGUGCCUUAUUAUUGUCUUUAAUAGUGUCGUUAGUGUAGAAGCGCAGCUCGUGUUCUAUCAAUUUUCAUGACAGUGAAUGGCUGUAUUAAUGCCUGUGCCAUGCUGUCUGGCUGAUCCGAGUUCAGUGCUGGUUCGACGUGCCUUAUUAUUGUCUUCAAUAGUGUCGUUAGUGUAGAAGCGCAGCUCGUGUUCUAUCAAUUUUCAUGACAGUGAAUGGCUGUGUUAAUGCCUGUGCCAUGCUGUCUGGCUGGGUUGACAGCUGGCUGUUGUAUCACGUUUGGCUCUUGUUUGGCGAGGACAUUUCAUGAGGUCGUUUUUCGUCGUCUGAUUUGACGCGUUGUGUUGUCCGAGAUCUGCUCAGACGCUUUCCGGGUCUGCUUGGUUUUCUCCUGUCUAAUUGUCUUCGCAUGGUUUAACUCUUUCUCGAUUGAUUUCUCCUCACCUGGUUGGCGAUAUGCCGUUCUGACUGGUUGUGUCAAAUCUAUGUGCAGCUGCCAGACCUCGUUCUCCGUUUCAGACCGACCAGUCUUCAGCAGAAUACGACGUCUGGUAACUAUAGCUGUAUUUGGGGUGAGUCUGAGUUUAGAUACUGCAGAAAUGCGCGUACGUUGUAGUUGAAGUCGUUCAGUCUUUUGCUUCCUGAACUGGCUGUGCGUGCGUGACCCGACGUUGUAGGCUGUUUUUCAUCAGUCUUGAAUACGAUCGUGGGCCGUUGACUCAACUGGCCUUAGAACGCUUUCAUCUCUAUUCACCUAACAGUCGCUGUUGAGUGGGGGUGGGCCUAGUAUGGACGUUGAAGCCUUUCGCGAAAUUAAGGCGAGACGAACUGUGGAGCAGGAAUCUCGACGUUCUGGUAGGACUCCGCUGCCUCGUUGGAAAGGUAUUAGACUAGGAUCAUGGCUAGAUAGUCGGUUCACGUAGUUGGUUCACGUAAGUUUACCCUGUGGUGGUUGCAUGUAGUCUUCUAUCAGGCCCGCCUUUCUCCGUAAUGCUUUUGAAAAACAUGUCACAUCGCUAUGGUAGAAGUAUGUUGUAAAGGGAAAUUUUGUACGCGUGUUACUUAUUGACACUGGUGAUUGUUGUUCUAAACCCGUCGAUUGGUCGGUGGAGUGGAACGAAGGAACGAGUAAUAUGGGAAGCUGGAAUUGCCUCGUUAGAUCUGCAUUGAAGGAAAAAGAUGGAAAUCCUUGAUGUCUUGUUGAGUUGUUGUCUGUGUCAGUUGAGUUGUUGUCUGUGUCAGUUGAAGUAUCCUCUCACGUGUUGACUCCGAUAAGUGCAGCGCCUCGUAUACUGUGAGAAAUGUGAUGUAGUGUGUUAUUCCAGGGCGGGAAGUAGGAGGAUUACGUAAAAGCCUAUUUUCUGUUUGAGGGAAAAAGUUAUAUUUUAGAGAGUGGUGGUGAUACUUCUGAGUGAAGUCCGUGCAGGUGUCUGCAUGCGCGUUGAGACGUGCCACCUGAGAGGGUGGAGCACUCGAGUGGUUUCGUACAGGUUGGCGGUGUGAAUUGCUACAGACACGGGCAUGUUUGAUGUUACUGUCGACAUCGUCUUAGGACGUUUUGAAUAUCUGCAGCGAUGUUGCUACAGCCAUCAGGCCUGUGUUCUGCUUUUCCUGGGACGAGGAAGUCUAACCUAGUGUGAACUUUUAGAGGUUAGGAAACUGGCCUGAGAGGCGCAUGAGAUCUCCGAGCUGCCGAGGGGAAUCUUAGGGUCAGAUUUGCGUUGCCGUGUCUAAGUAAUAGCGACUAAGUGGCUAUUUAAUUCGUGUAUCCAUGUAGGAAGUCAUAGCGACUAUUACUGUAUUCGUUAUUCUCUAUGCGGUAGUGCGUAAUCUAUAUGCGAGGGACCUUUAAGCGGUGUUCCUCCACUCCUUUUGAUAUCUGAUACCUGGCAGUUGGAAAGCAUUAUUGUGAACCUUCCCUGAAAGUGGCUUCACAGUGAUGUGGGCCUUACCUGCGAUGCAUCGCAUUGUUCGAGGGUAUAAGCCUGCAGAACGCAUCCCCGUCUAACCCCACGUGGAGCACCUUUUCUGACGGAUAUUGUCUUUCGCCCUUGUCUUUUUUUAAACGGAGAUUAUUGCGUUUUCGAUGGAAGUUUCGGGGCCGGGGACCCCACAAUUUUAAUCG